AUGCGUUUGCUACUCAUAGCAAUCGCCUCCGGGGCGAUCCUCAUGGGAUUGUUCACGGCGGUCAAUUGUGAUGGUGGGUACAGCGGGUACGGGUACGGCGGGUACAAUGAUUAUGACAUGUAUAGUGGACAAGGGUACGGAGGAUAUAUGUAUCCAGGAUACGGUGGGCAAGGAUACGGAUAUGGUGGAAAAGGAUAUAUAGGAUACUCGGGACAGGGAUACAGCGGUUACGAAGGAAAGGGAGGAAAAGGUGGUGGCUAUUUUGGCGGUAAUGCAUUGAGUGUACCUUAUGGUCUACGUGUUCCGCCAAUCGCCCCACCGCUCGGCUUAGACCAAAGUGGACUCUAUGGUGCUAACGACUCCUCGCUCUUUACUGUCAUUGCUAUCGGAUUCCUGUUCUGGUUGAUUGCUAGUGGUGCCAGGAACAGGACUGGUUAG